CAGCUUUAUGCUUGCCAACCGGUCCCCAGUAGUUUCACCAUGAAGCUAACAGAAGAUGACCUCUACCGCGCCUCGACUCAGUUUAAGCACUGGUCCUUCACUCCCUCCCAGCUUGCCGCUCAACGCCAGAAAACCAACAUCCAAGCCUCUGAGCGCGUGAAGGCUGCCGUCGCGCGCCAACGAGCUCAACGCGCGAAACACUUCGAUACUGCCAGCGCAAGCGAGAGUGAGAGGAAUGGGACGCCGGUGCCUACGGAUAGGCAGGUAGACUGUUUGACAGUGGCGGAGGAGAAGAAGCUCGUGGACACAUUUUGCGAGAAGGCUAUUGACUUGGGUGGCUUCUUCAAGUUUCCCAUUGAAGUCACGGCAACAGGCAUCCAAUUCCUACGCCGCUUCUACCUCUUCAACUCCCCCAUGACGUACGAGCCCCAGACCAUCUCCCGAAGCGCAAUGUUCGUUGCCAACAAGACAGAAGGCCAUCACCUCACCCUCGAGAAAUACGCCGCCGGCUUUCCGAAAGCCACAACAGAGCAAGUUCUCGCGCCCGAAUAUCUCAUCGUGCAAGCUCUUCGCUUCAACUUCGACAUCCGGCAUCCAUUCCGCGCGCUGAAAGGAGGACACCUGGACAUGAUAGAGAUGGCUCGAGGCAAUAUCACACCACUCCCAAGCAAUCCGGAACCCGCCUUGGACAUCCAUUCCUCUAUGCUCAAACUCCCACGCAAGCCUAAUGGCCCCGAAACAAAUAUGACAGUCAACGACCUCGAAAAGCGCAUAACCGACGCCUACAGCCAUGCCUCUCACAUCCUGAAGACUGCCGCCCUCUUAACUGACGCAUACUUUCUCUACACCCCAUCCCAAAUUUGGCUCUCCGCGCACCUCCUCGCCGACGAACCCCUCACCCUCUUCUACCUCUCCGCAAAACUCCCGUCAUCCUCUCCCAACUACCCUAAAAUUCUCGCGACACUGCGGUCAUGUGCAGAUCUUCUAUCCUCCCACCACUCCUUCAGCUCCCCGACCACAACUCCCGCGGAAAAACAAGCCCGGGACAAGAAAGAGAAGGAAGAAGUGCAAGCCCUGAUCAAGAAACUGCGGCAUUGUAGGGACCCGGACAAAAUGGACUUGGUCAAAUUGAAUCAAGCACAGAAACGGGACGCGGUAGAUGCAGGUGGUCUGGAGGAGAGUAAGGCGAAGAGGAGGAAGUUGGAGCGAGAGGGGUAUCAGAAAGAGGCGGAUGAUUUUUGGGGGCCGGAGUUGCCGAGGAGAGAGAACGGUGCCAAGGCGGGAUGAGUGGGAGGGGGGGAAGAGAUUUGGGUUUUUGUGGGUUGGUGGAUUCUUUGCAUGGCAUGGCGUUUGAGAAUUGCAUAGAUGGCGUGGGAUAAGGCUAGAUUCUGCAAGGCCUAGUAUGUGCAUGGGCUUAAGAAUGUACUAGAUAUAUUGAAAUUUCACUUUUAUCAUCC